AUGAGCGAAAAGAUUUCAUUGUCCGUGCCGGGAGAAGGAGAACAAGAACGAUUACUUCAUCACAUCGAUGACGGACACGCGCCUUCGCCAAGCGCUUCUACCCCGGCUACACCAUCUGGCAAAGAGACGCGAAAAGUGAACCGUUUUACUCUCGAGAUCGACCACAACAGUGUGCUCAACUAUCAAUCUCACAACGGGACGGGACCAGCUCCACCGACUACUUCGACUUCGCUUUUCGUACCACCCGUAGUUAAUAGCACUGGCUCACCUAAACAUCCGCCAUCUAACAUCUCAGAUGCAAGCAAUAUCAGUAGAAAUAAUAGCACAAGGGAACUCUUCUCUUGGGAACAUGGAAAAACAAACAAUUUGGCACUCUUCGAUGAGCCCCAAGGGGAAUUCGUGUCCAACAUUCUCAGUGGAUUCACAACUCCUGGCCCUGCUGAACGAGAUCAACAAAAACGUACAAAAGCCAAUCUUGGAGUCAUUUUGGGGGUCUACUUGCCAACAAUUCAACACAUUCUGGGAGUUACAAUGUUUAUUCGCCUUUUUUGGUGCGUCGGAAUUGCCGGUCUUGGACAAACGUUUCUCAUGCUUUUUCUUUGCUGUUUUUGCACAUUCCUCACUUGCAUCUCAAUCUCAGCAGUUGCCACAAAUGGAGUGAUGGAGUCCGGAGGAGCCUACUAUUUAAUAUCUCGAAAUCUUGGGCCCGAAUUUGGAUCCGCCGUUGGUAUUCUCUUCUAUUUGGCCAACACCGUUGCCACUAGUAUGUACUUGGUCGGAGGAAUCGAAAUUUUAUUGCUGUACCUUGCGCCUGGGCUCACAAUUGGUGGCACCGAAGUGCAUCACGACACUGGAACUUGGGGAUGGAUGACACACAAUCUUCGUAUUUACUCAACCCUCCUUUUGCUACUCGAAUUCUGCAUUGUGGCUAUGGGAGUUCGAUUUGUGCAAAUGUUGGCACCGGUUUCCCUUACAUGUGUUGUUCUGUCAAUCCUUGCCUGUUAUGCUGGUGGUGUCCAGAAAACUCUACAUCCAGAAACGGGACAACACAUUUGUAUGCUCAACGAUCGACUUCUCCAAACAACUGCCGUCAUGCCAAGCGAUGGGAACUUCAGCGACAUUUGCCUCUAUUGCAAUAAAAAUUCGAGCCAUAUUAUGGACACGUUCUGCUCCGGAAAUGCUUCAUCGCCAUCGCAAUGCCAAGAGUUUCUUCUUGGAGACCUGAAAUGCAUCAAUGGCUAUCCGGGAUUCUACAGCAAUGCCCUUUUUGAUAAUCUUGGCUCAAGCUACAUGGAGGCUUUCUAUACUUCACCCCACACAGAAGCUAAUAAAUCGACUGACGUGUUUCAGGAUGUACGCACGACGUUCUUUGUUCUUCUCGCUAUUUGGUUCCCGGCAGUGACUGGAAUAUUUACUGGAGCGAACAUGAGCGGUGACCUAAAAAACCCUCAAUCAUCGAUUCCUGGUGGAACAAUCGCGGCUCAGCUGACAACGUCUUUCGUCUACUUUUCACUGGCCUUUGUUUUUGGAGCAACUAUCGACGGAAAUGUUUUGAGAGACAAAAGUGGGAAAGGGUUGAAUGGUAAUAUGGUUGUUGCCUUGCUUUCAUGGCCAUCACCUUGGGUUCUCUUGAUUGGAUCGUUCCUUUCAACUUUUGGAGCAGCUCUGCAGUGUCUUUGCUCGGCACCACGUCUUCUUCAGGCAAUUGCAAAAGAUGAUGUUAUUCCCAUCUUGGCUCCAUUCAAAAGAGUGACGGCAAAAAACGAGCCUUUCCUUGGCCUGAUUUUAACAACGAUCAUCGCUGAGUGUGCAAUUUUGAUGGGUGGGAUGGAUUCGAUUGCAGCAGUUGUGGAUUUCUUCUUUCUUAUGUGCUACGGAUUCGUGAAUAUCAUCUGCGCUCUUCAUUCAAUUCUUGGUGCUCCCAAUUGGCGACCUCGUUUCAAAUACUAUCAUUGGUUAUUAUCGUUGACUGGUGCAUUUCUCUGUUUCUUCAUUAUGUUUUCGACUCAUUGGGACUACGCGAUUAUUUCAUGCGUGCUAUGCUUGGUGAUCUACAAAUAUGUCGAGUGGAAAGGUGCUAAAAAAGAAUGGGGUGAUGGUAUCCGUGGUCUUGCUCUCUCUACUGCACAAUAUUCGCUCAUGAAAAUCGAAGACAAAGAUCCUCAUCCAAAAAAUUGGAGACCCCAACUUUUGCUAAUCCUCUCAAUGCCCUGGAGCCGAGAAAAUAUUGACUUACGUUACAUGAAUCUUCUGAACUUGGCAGCACAACUCAAAGCUGGGCGAGGGCUAACAAUUGUCUCAUCUUUCAUUCGUGGCAAUGCGUUUUCCAUUGAUGACCGAAAGCGCGCUAAUGAGAUUCGCCAUCGUAUGGAGUCGGAUAUGAAUACGUUGAGGCUUAAAGGUUUCAGUAAAACAGUCAUUUAUGGUGAAGAUCAGAUUAUUGGAUCAAUGUCUACACUUGUUCAAUCAAUCGGUCUUGGAGGUUUGAAACCAAACACGAUGCUUAUUUCAUGGCCGACGCAUGAUCGUGGAGAGCACGAACUUUCGGAUAGUGAAUAUCAGACUUUCACUGACAAAUUACACGCAGCUGUUGCAAUGGACAUGUGCCUCCUUGUUGCCAAAGGAAUAAUCAACUUCCCCACGGCCCAAACAAGUGUCAAACUUCAUGGAUUUAUCGAUGUCUACUGGAUUGUUCAAGACGGAGGCCUUUGCUUGUUGAUUGCUUACCUUUUGAAAUUGAACAAGGUUUGGCGCGGAUGCAAGUUACGUAUCGUUGCAAUUGCUCAAGAGUCUGACAACAACACUAAAAUGCAGCAAGAGCUUCAAAAAUAUGUGUAUCAACUCCGUAUCGAUGCAAAAAUUCUGAUUGUUGAACUUGCAGAUCCAGAAAUUUCCAAGAAUGCCUUCGAAAGGACGUUGUUGAUGGAAGAACGAACAAAGUUUAUGCAAAAGAUGCAGCAACAACGCUCGAUCCAACGUGGUGAAGGGCAGCUUCUAUCUCCAUUAGCACGUCCUGAAAAACGUCAAAAGUCGGACACCAAAGGCAGUGGAGACGAACUUGAAACAGAGGACAGUGGAGAAGAAGAAAAGAAACAAGAAGAAAACGAUUCUGUUCCUGAACUUACCGACCAAGAGAAGAAGCAGGAUGUCAAGAAGAAGAUGCGCGCUCUGGAUCGAAACAAAGUACACAAAAUGCACACGGCCGUCCGUUUAAACGAGCUCAUCCUUGAACAUUCAAAGAACGAUUCACAACUUGUGUUGCUCAAUUUGCCUAAACCACCGCUUGGAAAAGAAGGACUUGAUGACUACAUCCACUAUUUGGAGGUGUUGUCCGACAAACUCGAAAGAGUCAUCUUCGUACGUGGAACCGGGAGUGGAAAAGAAGUACUUACUACACAUUCG